AUGUCGGCAAAAUCUGCUGAACAAAAUCUGCAGGAACUCAAGGCUCGCCAAAGCCAGCUCAAAAAUGACCUGUUGCACCUUGACCACAAACAGAGAGACAUUUUGAUCAGGCAGGAUAGAACAAACUAUUACGAGGCACUUCUGCAACAAAAGGAGGAACAAUACUUUGAGAAACGUCGCAAAUACGAUGACCGACGAGACGAGCGGAUCGCCCUACUGGAUGAAUGCCUCCAGGAUGGUGAAGAUAAACGCAGUCGAGUUGAGAACAUUGAGGACUCCGAGCUACGCGCAAAGCUCUUUGCCGACAUCGGCAAGAUGAUGGAAGAUUGUGCUAGGCUGUUGGAGAUUGAAAGUGAGAGUUAUUGA